AUGGGGAUGCUGAAGAAUGUAAUGAAGGUCAAACUAAACCACAAUUCCCUAUUCCCAUCUCUCUCCUAUAAAUAUCUACCUACAUUAUUUAUUGACCCGUUGCCUAUCUCUUUCUCACAUUUAUUUAAUACAACUCCACAACUCACCUCAUCUCUCUCUCCAGAAAUUGCUCCAUCCUCUUUUUCUUCCUCCAUGGCCUCCUCCUCCUCCUCUUCAUCCGCCGCCGCAGGGAUCACCGUCGAAAGAAACAUCCCGGAGACGCGUGUCAAAGAGCUCGGUAUUAAGGCAUGGCCCAAGUGGGGUUGUCCUCCGGGGAAGUUCCCCCUCAAGUACGAGGCCGAGGAGACGUGCUACCUCCUCAAGGGCCGGGUGAAGGCCUACGUCAAGGGCUCCUCGCCGGACGCCUCCGCCGUCGAGUUCGGUGCCGGUGAUCUCGUCGUUUUAUCCAAGGGCCUCAGCUGCAUCUGGGACGUCGCCGUCGCCGUCGAUAAGCACUACAAAUUCGAUUCCUCGUGAUUGAUCUUCGCAAUAUUUCGUAUCAUUUAAUCUAAAUUUUCAUAUCUAAUUAAUUAUGUGGAGUACGUAAUUUCCUGUCGAUCAGCUAAUCGACCAGUGCAUGUUUAAGUAUUAGUAUUUAUUCUGGUCAAAGCGGAGCUAUGUCACUUGUCAGUCCGAGUGGGGCCUCAGAUUCGAAUUCAUUUUAUUGAGGCCUUUGAAUGAGAUUCUAAAUGCGAUGCUUUGACUGCAACACGAUGGCCGUGCAUUGCAUGACUGCCGUCUACGUGCAACGAAUCACGUUAA